ACGCGUCACGACACUGGCAGCUAGCCUAGCCGGCUAACUUGGCUAAUCUCAUUUAUCGUGUCGUCUAAGCGCACGUAACGUCAGCCCAGGAUUACCACAUUUCGUUUCCCAUAUAUCCAGUGUUCAACGCCAAAUAUACCUGACAUUAAAUAAGACACUUCUGUCGAGGAUGGCAUCGCUUGGGGAGCCCGUGCGGUUGGAGAGAGAUAUUAACCGUGCUGUUGAACUGCUUGAUAAGCUCCAAAGGACGGGAGAAGUGCCUCCCCAGAAGCUGCAGGCGCUGCAGAGGGUCUUACAGAGUGAAUUCUGUAACGCUGUCAGAGAAGUUUAUGAACAUGUUUAUGAAACAGUGGACAUCAACAGCACUCCUGAGGUCAGGGCCAACGCCACAGCUAAGGCAACUGUGGCAGCUUUUGCAGCAAGUGAGGGACACUCACAUCCACGUGUGGUGGAACUGCCCAAGACAGAAGAGGGUCUUGGUUUCAAUAUAAUGGGUGGAAAGGAGCAAAACUCCCCAAUAUAUAUCUCACGGAUCAUCCCAGGAGGCAUUGCUGACCGCCAUGGAGGCCUGAAGAGAGGCGACCAGCUUCUCUCUGUUAACGGAGUGAGUGUGGAAGGUGAGCACCACGAGAAAGCUGUGGAACUCCUCAAAGCAGCUCAGGGCACAGUGAAGCUGGUAGUAAGGUACACCCCCAAAGUCCUAGAGGAGAUGGAGUCACGCUUUGAGAAAAUGAGGUCGGCGAAGCGCCGGCAACAGAACAACUACCCCCAGUAGGAUUUAUCUGUGUUGAUGCCCAGCUCCCACGUCUCUCCUCUUCUAGCCUUCUGGCCAUGUAUUCUGGUCUCGUUAUUUUUUUUUUAAUCUCCCUGCCCCAAAAAACGCUUCACAAACACACUCAAGUUUGUAGUUUUAGUUCCUACUCACAUACUGUAUAUUGUGCUUCUAUCCUUUUCUGUAGCAAUUUUAAUAUUUGCCAUUGUAACACUGGACACUACAACUCUAGACAAACAUUAUAACGAUCAUGAUUGUCAGCGUAGGUGGUCACUCACACGUGUGCAUUAUUUUUGAAUUGACAACUUGAAUGCAACUCUGAAUGCUUUUGACACCAACUACACAAUUCCUUCGACUGGAAAGGUAGUGUUUUUAAAUCUUUUAUCACAGCCACUACCAAGUGCCUCAGGGCAAACACAUUUAUCUUAUGUACUGUGUUCACCGUUAUGUUUUUCCUUUUAAUGGUUAAAGUCAAGUACUGGUAAUUAAAUGCUUGUGGCAGGAAUUACUAAAUCCUUUGCAUCUGUUAUUCUUAAAGAUUUGAAUUUAUAAAUACAUGGUAGGCUUAUGUAGAAACCUUUUAAUUGUGCAAACUCGGAAAAGGAGCAGUUUUAUUUUUAUAGCCGCUCUACAGGCAUGUCAGGAGAAGGGAAGCUUUGGAGGAGAUGAUAAAAGAUUUAAUUAUUUAAAAAGAGACAGCUGUAUGCUGGAUAAUAAGGGAAAGCACUGAAAGGACACUUCAAAACAAAAGUGAUGGAUUAUCUAUUUUUCUCUGGGCUUACCUUUAUAGUUUUCUAACGUCAUACCACCCUAUAAAAAGCUCAGCAGGCUCUGUAAGUGAUGUAAUGGGGUCUCAGCAACUUUUGAACUAAAUUGCUGCCGCCACAGAGACUAACAUUUCUACCUUUUAAUAAAGUAAUAAACCUUCAUAAGCAAAUACCUUGCUGUCAGCCUGACAUUAGAUAAAGGCUGUUCAGCUUCUGUUUAGUUUGUCUUGACAUAAAUCAGGAAUGUACUAUAUGUCAUGUUUUUCCUUUUUACCAUGUACAGAACUUACUUAACAUUUGUCUUUGGAAUAUCAAAAAAUCUCUUUGGUCACAAUAAUGCCUGAUGUGAGCUUUCGUCAAUGUUUUGAUGAAUGAAAUGACUGAUGUUUUCAUGGCUGAUAUACGGCUACUUCAUGUUCAGAUUUUCAACCGCGUUUAGGGGAUUAUGCUCCAUUGGCAUAUUAUUUUUCUUUCAGUUUUUAACAAUUUGUUUCUGAAGUGAAACAUUUACUUCAUUUAAACUUUUU